AUGAGGCUGACACCGUCGGAAGAGAUGACGUUGGAGCAACUGACAUAUCAGAACAUGAAACCACGCGACAUUCUUACUACCAUUAAAGAACAGAACCCCGAAAAUGUCUCAACAAGAAAUACCUUAUACAACGCGCGGGCCAUAUUGGUUCGAAUGGAGCAAGUCGGCGAGACUCCAAUGCCGAUACUUUUCCACCGGUUGAAGACAGUUGGGUUUGUUUUAUUCCACGGAACAUUUGAAAAUAACGAAAGGGUACAAGAUGUUUUCUUUAUCCACCCGGAGUCGAACAGAUUGUGGUGCGCCUUCCCGCAUGUGUUUCUUAUAGACUCCUCCUACAAGACGAACCAGUACAAAAUGCCGCUAGUUCAGAUUAUCGGUGUCACAUCCACAUACUUAUCGUUUUGCAUUGCGCAUGCGUUCAUAACGAACGAGAAAGAGGAAAACUUCACGUGGGUUUAG